CAGCACGGACGAGUCACAAGCGGCUGUAAUUACCAGGGGAUAUUUUCAAUGACAAACCGGAUUAUAAAGAUCUGAGAAGCACUGAAAAGCAGGAUUAGAAGCUCUUGACUUGUGUCUUUGCUGUACAAUGGGGAUAGACCGGCGCCGGAGAGCGUCUCUGGCACUCACCUUGAACUUCCUUGCGCUCCUAUUUGCCGUGUCGGCCCUCACCACCAGCUACUGGUGUGAAGGCACCCGGAAGGUGGUGAAGCCCUUCUGCAAGGGGCCCGUCGCCCUCAAGCAAAGCUUCUGCAUUAGGUUCAAUAGUUCCAACCUCAAUGACAGCAGGCUGGUGCAGUACAUCUGGGAGACUGGGGAGGACAAGUUUCUUAUGAGGAAGUUCCACACUGGCAUCUGGUUCUCAUGCGAGCAAAAUGUCAACAUGAUUGGAGAAAACUGCAGAAGUUUUUUAAAUAUUGCACCUUCACACGAAAGAGGGGUCUUGUGGUUGUGCAUCGUUGCGGAAUGCCUCUACAUCGUUCUGCUGUCGACGGGAGGGAUCCUCAUGUCAAUAGAAGUCUGCUACUACAGCAACGUCAUUGAUGGCCUCAAGCUCAAUGCCUUCGCCGCAAUAUUUACUGUCCUGUCAGGUCUCCUGGGAAUGGUGGCACACAUGAUGUUCACAACAGCCUUCCAGUUAACAGUCAGUCUCGGGCCUGAAGACUGGAAACCGCAGAACUGGGAUUACAGCUGGUCUUACAUUUUAGCAUGGAGUUCCUUCACUGCCUGCAUGGCCUCAUCCGUGACAACAAUCAAUCGGUACACAAAGACUAUCUUGGAGUUCAAGCACAAACGAAAGAACAUUGAGAAGAACCUGAAGAUCAAGCAGAAGCUGCUUGACUUGGAUUCGCCAGACCAGGUGUGGGACAUGUACAUCAGCUCGGUGCCCAGCACCGCAGAGGAGUUUCUCGAUCUCUCCAGUAGCACUCGCAAGCUUUCCAAUGCCUCAAUCUUUCUAGAUAUAAACGAUCUACCAGAUCAUCAGGUGGAGGAGUACUGCUGAACUGCUUUUUGAAGGGGUUAGACCUUUAGAUGUGUCUAAAAAAAUAUUCAAAUUAUGAUAUCUAACCCUAACCCUUCUUUCAUGCUGUGUUGAAUGUUGAAUUUGACUUCAACUGAAACAACAGGCAAUUACUUAUUAUUUUUUUAUGUUUUUCUUACCAAUGUAUGAUUAUUUAUUUAUUGUCUUGCAUUUUGCAACUGGAGACAAGUAGAUGUUAAAGUUUAUGGGUGUAGCUGUAUGUGAGUAUGUAUUGCUUAUAUGAGAAAAUUCCUUUUCUAAAUGAUAAAAGGCGAUUAAAAAAAAAUGUUGCUCUGAGAAUAAAGCUGAUAGAUUAUUGAUGUUAGAAAAAUUGCAAAGGAGCAGGCAAUAGACUGAAAAUGAAGUGUUUUUUUGUUCUAAAAAUUAUUGCUCUGUUUUGUUUUAUAUGAGAGAUAUAAUGGUUUUUGUGACAUCAUGUAUUUUUCUUCUU